AUGAGCGAUCCUGUUGAUAUCAAGUCGCCUUCGGAGUGGCAGUCCCUGCUCUCGGGAACUUCUGUGGUAGUGACUGACUUCUACGCCGACUGGUGCGGCCCAUGCAAGAUGAUUGCGCCUCACUUCCAACGUCUCGCGAACCAGCAUUCAGUGCCGAAGAAAAUCGCCUUUGCCAAAGUCAAUGUCGACUCGCAACAGCAGAUUGCUCAGCAAAAUGCCGUCUCGGCCAUGCCCACCUUUAAGAUCUUCCACAACGGCUCCUGCAUCCAAACCAUCCAGGGCGCCAAUCCAGCCAGCCUGUCCGACGCCGUCGCCAAAGCAGUCCAGCUGGCGGGUGCCAGCAAAUCCGCCGAAGCCCUGUUCAAGUCUCCAGGCCGAACCCUCGGCGGACCGCCGGUGCAUGCUGCGUAUGCGAGAAGAGAGUUCGACCUGGGCGGCUUGCUGAACAUGUUUAUCUCCUUUGUCGGUCUAUACAUAGUCUCCCUCUUCUCGAAAGCAGCCGAGCAAUCUCGGUUCAACAUUCACAACUCCGGGAAAGAAAAGUCCAAGCCGUCGCGCGGUUCCUCCUCAGCUUCUGGAUCUGGGCCCUCGUACGCAUCUCGCACCAGCGGUUCAGGGACUGCGGCUCGGCCGCCGCAGCAGAGAGCUGCGUUCAAGACAUUGGCUGAUCUGUGA